CUUUGGAAUCUCAGGACACAGAUGAGACCGGGAAGAGAGGAGGCGAAAUUAAGGUUCCUCUAGAUGCUGUCGUUAAGGGGGAGGUUCCUGCAGAUCCAGUGAGCAUGGACAUCGAUACGUCCCCAGAGGAACUGGACACUCAUAACUAUGACAUUGGUCUGGGUUUAAACUCUGUGGUCGAGGUGGCCCUAGGUAAAGGCAAUGCAUAUGGAAUUAUCCGCUGGAUCGGAACUGUGCCUGGGUGGAAGGACAUCUCGGCCGGACUGGAGCUGGAGGACGAGAUGGGAGUGAGUGAUGGGACCUUUAAAAAUGAGCGAUAUUUCACUUGUCCUCCGAAGAGAGCUCUGUUUGUGAGGCUGAGCUCCUGCCGUCCCGACUCACGCUUCCAGAGCGUCUCGGCCAACCACAACGAGAAGAUCCCCAAACUGGAGGACACAGACAUGGGUCUCGAUACGGACUUUCAGAAGACUGUAGCUCCUAUCAGCCCGGAGCAAGUUAACCACCUGCUGAUUGGACGGAUGAGGGGGAUCCAAGGGCACCACAACUCCUGCUACAUGGACGUCGCCCUCUUCAGUUUGUUUUCCUGCUCUUCGGUGCUCGACUCCAUGUUGUUCAAAUCGACGACACCUCAAGACGCCCCAAUUCAGAAAACACUGCGCUAUGACAUUGUCAAUCCGCUGCGAAGUAAGGGUUUUGUGAAAGGCCAGCACGUCAUGAACUUCCGUCAGCAGCUGGAAAGGCACGGCUACAGUCACUCAUUCACCACAGAUGAGAAAGAUCCAGAGGAGUUCCUCACCGUCAUAAUGCACCACAUUCUGGCCCUGGAGCCGCUGCUAAAACUUUCAGCUGCAGGUAAAGUGCAGGAGAGCUACUGCUACCAGAUUUUCCUGGACCAGAACCACAGCCUCGUCCUGCCGACGGUGCAGCAGCUCCUGGAACAUUCCUUCCACAGCGCGGGACUCAAGCUGGCAGAGGUGCCGUCCUGCCUCAUCCUCCAGAUGCCUCGUUUUGGAAAGAAAUUCAAGAUGUUUGAUAAAAUCAUUCCCUCCUUGGAACUGGACAUCACUGACCUCCUGUCUGAAGGUCCUCAGCAGUGCAUCCUGUGUGGAAACCUGGCGUUGGAAGAGUGCACCGACUGUUUCAAAGAUCCUGUUUUCAGCUCCACAGGAUUCAAAGUCUUUUGCAAGACGUGUUCAUCUCAGGUGCACUCUCAUCCUCAGCGUAAAUCCCACAAGACGUCGCUUUUGGAGGUUCCCAAGGAAUACGUGGGUCACAGCCUUUCUCACUGUCUGACCAGAGACAAACUGGAGCUGUUCGCUGUGCUCUGCAUCGAGACCAGCCACUACGUGUCCUUUGUCAAAUACGGCCCAAACAACCAAGACUGGAUCUUCUUUGACAGCAUGGCGGACAGACAAGGAGAAAGAGACGGCUUCAACAUCCCCGAGGUGCACGCCUGUCCCGAGGUCGGUAUGUACCUGGAGAUGCCUCUCGCUGAGCUGGCCAAUCAGGUGCCUCGAGACAUGAAAGGCGUGGCCAAGCGUCUGUUCUGUGACGCCUACAUGUACCUGUACCAGAGCACCAGCAUGUGUCUCUAUCGCUGACAGACGGGAAUAAAAAAGAUCAGGAUUGUACUUUUUUUUUUUUUUUUGCUCUGUUCAUACAGUUUACAUAAGAAUAUGUGAAAUUACGUAAAAAAAUAACCUUGUGUAUAUAUGUUCAUUUUCAUCCUUGGAGCUGGGAAAGUGUUAACAGCUUUGAAUAAUUUAUGGAAAAAAUAAAAGUUUUACUUCUGAAAUAUUUCCUGAUGCGAAUUACAAACUGACUUUGUGCUUUCAGUGAGAUUUUGCACUAGAAUUUCAAGAAAAAGAAGAGACAAUCGCAACAUGACGUGUGAUUGACAUAAAUGACAUUUUGCACUGUAACAGUACAAUUUUAUAGUUCGAUGUUUUCACUUGAUGUUUGAUAAUUCUAUUUAAAAAUUGUAUUUACAAUUUAAGUAAAUCAAUUUUUUUUUCUGAAACAAAUCCACCAAAGCAAAGAUAGUAUUGAUUCAGAGUGGUUAUGAAUAUCACUACACGGCUGUAUUGAGAAUAUACUGUAUUGUUAAUUUGGGCCGAAAUCUCAACCAUUGGAACUAGAUGUUUUCUAAUCGGGUUUUUCGGAUGGCGACUGGAUCAGUUAACUUUAUAUGGUUGAGUAAUUUUUUUUUUAUUAUUAUUAAUCCAGCUCAGGAAACAGUAAAUUGCUCUUUUGCAUCUAUUAGCGUCCUCAGUGAUGUCAUUUUUGAGAUUAUAGUAAAAUGCUCAUCAUUGAACAGUUGGGGAAACAAAUGGCUGCCUAGAGGUCCUGGCUGUGGACUUUUCUAUUUUUGCUAUGUAUUAUUGCUGCUGGUUCUGGUAAAAUGAACUCAAUCAAUAAACACAAAUAGAGAUGG